AUGGAAACUCAGAAACUCAUAGUGAAAAAAAUCUACCCAAAUUUUGAAGCAGUUUAUUUUGAAAUUGUUAAAACAACAUCAAUUUUACAAAUUGAGCAAAGAAAAAAAAAAUCUGAGGCCUGGUCGCCGAGCAAGAAGAGUAAGAGGCAAGCGAUGAUAGCUAUCAAGGCGGCGACGGAGUACCGCUUGUUCGAGCCGCCACUUUCCGGCGACAAGGCCCGCCGCCUCUGGCUUCAGGACGCCGAGGCCCUCUUCUAUUCCGCGGAGUACCUGCUCGAUGGAACACAAAAUCCACCAAAUCCGAACUGA